CCCAGGCAAACCUGCCUGCGUGGGGUGGGGAGCCGAGCUUCCUCCUCUGCGUGCGGUGCGGGGCCGCCCGAUUUGUCCUUCCGCCCCUGCCUCCGCGGCGCUUCGGCGAGCUAGGGGGCAGGCGGAAGGUGCGCUGGAGCCGAGGCGCGAGAUGUGGCCGGCGGGAGCGGCGGCAGUCGCGGGGUCGCCGGCGCGGGACACGUCGCUGUGCGGCGAGCUGCCGCAGGCCCCUCCGCCCCCGGCCUGGCAGGCGGCCCCGGCCUGGCUGUCGCCUCUGGCUGCGCCCUCGGGGCCGCCGCUCCCGGCUCCGGCCGGCGCGACCCUCAACCGCCUUCCGGAGCCGCUGCUGCGGAGGCUCAGCGGGAGCUUGGACCGAGCGCCCGAGGGCCGGGGCUGGAGGAGGCUGGCCGAGGUGGCGGGGAAUCGAGGGCGCCUCCGGCUCAGUUGUCUGGACUUGGAACAGUGUUCUCUUAAGGUCUUGGAGCCUGAAGGAAGCCCAAGCCUGUGUUUACUGAAGCUAAUGGGUGAAAAAGGCUGUACAGUCACGGAACUGGGUGACUUCCUGCAGGCUAUGGAACACACUGAAGUUCUUCAGCUUCUCAGCCCCCCAGGAAUAAAGAUCACUGUAAACCCCGAAUCAAAGGCAGUCUUGGCUGGACAGUUUGUGAAACUGUGUUGCCGGGCAACUGGACAUCCUUUUGUACAAUAUCAAUGGUUCAAAAUGAAUAAAGAGAUUCCAAAUGGAAAUGCAUCAGAACUUACUUUCAACACAGUGCAUGUGAAAGAUGCAGGCUUUUAUGUCUGUCGAGUUAAUAAUAAUUUCACCUUUGAAUUUAGCCAGUGGUCACAGCUGGAUGUUUGUGACGUCACGGAAGUAACAGGAAGCUUCCAGAAAAGCCCGGAUAGCAUCUCUGAACCCAAGUUGCAUAUCUGUGUUGAGCCACAGUCCCAGAAGCUGAUGCCUGGCAGUGCGUUGGUCUUACAGUGCGUUGCUGUCGGAAGCCCUAUUCCUCACUACCAGUGGUUCCGAAAUGAAUCACCACUAACACAUGAGACGAAAAAGCUGUACAUGGUGCCUUAUGUGGAUUUGGAACAUCAAGGAACCUAUUGGUGUCAUGUAUAUAAUGAUCGAGACAGUCAAGAUAGCAAGAAGGUAGAAAUCAUCAUAGGAAGAACAAAUGAGGCAGUGGAGUGCACAGAAGAUGAAUUAAAUACACUUGGACAUCCUGAUAAUAAAGAGCAAACAACUGAUCAACCUUUGGCAAAGGACAAGGUUGCUCUUUUGAUAGGAAAUAUGAAUUACUGGGAGCACCCCAAGCUUAAAGCUCCCUUGGUGGAUGUGUAUGAGUUGACCAACUUGCUAAGACAGCUGGAUUUCAAAGUUGUUUCGUUGCUGGAUCUUACUGAGUAUGAGAUGCGUAAUGCUGUGGAUGAAUUUUUACUACUUUUAGACAAAGGAGUAUAUGGAUUAUUAUAUUAUGCUGGACAUGGUUAUGAAAACUUUGGGAACAGCUUUAUGGUCCCUGUUGAUGCUCCAAAUCCAUAUAGGUCUGAAAAUUGUCUAUGUGUACAAAAUAUACUGAAAUUGAUGCAAGAAAAAGAAACUGGACUCAAUGUGUUCUUGUUGGAUAUGUGUAGGAAAAGAAAUGACUAUGAUGAUACCAUUCCAAUCUUGGACGCAUUAAAAGUCACUGCCAAUAUUGUGUUUGGAUAUGCCACGUGUCAAGGAGCAGAAGCUUUCGAAAUCCAGCAUUCUGGAUUGGCAAACGGAAUCUUCAUGAAAUUUUUAAAAGAUAGAUUAUUAGAAGAUAAGAAAAUUACUGUGUUACUGGAUGAAGUUGCAGAAGAUAUGGGUAAGUGUCACCUUACCAAAGGCAAACAGGCUCUAGAGAUUCGAAGUAGUUUAUCUGAAAAGAGAGCACUUACUGAUCCAAUACAGGGAACAGCAUAUUCUGCAGAAUCUCUGGUACGGAAUCUACAGUGGGCCAAGGCACACGAACUUCCAGAAAGUAUGUGUCUUAAAUUUCAGUGUGGUGUUCAGAUUCAAUUAGGAUUUGCAGCUGAGUUUUCCAAUGUCAUGAUAAUUUAUACAAGUAUAGUCCACAAACCACCCGACAUCAUAAUGUGUGAUGCCUAUGUUACCGAUUUUCCACUUGACUUAGAUAUUGAUCCAAAGGAUGCAAACAAAGGGACGCCUGAAGAAACUGGCAGCUAUUUAGUAUCAAAGGAUCUUCCCGAGCAUUGCCUCUAUACGAGACUCAGUUCACUGCAAAAGUUAAAGGAACAUCUAAUCUUCACGGUAUGUUUAUCAUAUCAGUACUCAGGACUGGAAGAUACUGUAGAGGAAAAACAGGAAGUGAAUGUUGGCAAGCCUCUCAUUGCUAAACUAGACAUUCAUCGAGGUUUAGGAAGGAAGACUUGCUUUCAAACUUGUGUUAUGUGCAAUGGCCCUUACCAGAGCUCUACAUCCACCUCAGCGGGAGCUGGACAUUAUCAUUCAUCUCAAGACUCAUUCCGUGGUGUUUACCAUUCACAUCUCGGUAAUUCAAGUGAUGUUAUGCCUUCAGAUAAUUGUCGUUGCAGCCGGACUGCAGACACCUUUAUUUCAAGUCAUCAUACCCACCCUUACUCAUGUCAGUUUGGCAGAAGUAAUGUGCCAGUAGAGACAACUGAUGAAAUACCAUUCAGUUUCUCUGAUGGGCUCAGAAUUUCUGAAAAGUGACCUCCUUGUUUUUAAAAGUUAUUAUAAUCACUAGAUGCCUUAUAUGCAGCAGUACUUACAUCAAGUGAGGUAUUUGGAAAAAACACAUGUGUCUAUGGAGAGAGAGAAAAUUAGUAACAGCUGUUUUGUGGCAAACACAGGACUUCAAGGUGUUGGAAUUAUAUUAUUUAACCACUGACUUCCUCUGUCAAGAUUUUGUGAAUUGGUUGAUUUGUUCUAUAAGAGUGAAGUAUGUUUGUGUGUAUGUUUACAUGUAUAUAACAAAAACAAGUUCCAUUUUGAACACUGGGAAAGGCCUCAUUGUACAAUAAGUUGUUGUUACAUUUUUAGACCCAGAAAAAGAACCUUGGUGAUCAUCAGGCUUAAGUUACUUUUAUCAGUAAGGGUAAUAAUUUGAGCCAUCUUGUUUAACUUAGAGCUGGCACCAGAAUGGAGACCUCCAUAUUUCUAUUCCAGUGUUUAUUUGGCUACACACUGCCUUCCUGACAGGUUCUGAGACAGGUAUUAUGUUUGUAGAUAGAUUUAAAGGUAGAUAUGUAAACAUGCAUAUCUAUAAGAUAGACGGGUACAAGCUUUAGUUUGCAAUUACAGGACUUUGCUUCAAAUGUCAGUUAAGGGAUUUGUAUAUAAAUUUUAUGUAAAACAGGCUGAAAUUUAUUGUUCAUAAGGUAAUGAAGGUACUUAAGGGGUGGUGAAAUGUUUGUCUAUGUUAAAAAGAGGAUGUUGCUACUGGACAAUCUUUAUAGUUGCUUAUCUGAGUCUUAUAAACAUUGGACAUGUCUUCCUUGAUAAUAUGUAUUUUCUUACAGAGUUUUACUGAUCUUAGAAGACAGUCUUGUCACCUUUGGUUCUACCUAACAGCAAGUUGAAAAGGCAACCAGUAGUUACAAAGAAUAAGAUUUAGUUAGUAAUUUUGAAACAUCCUACACAGAAAAUCUCAGGCCCAGAUGGCUUCACUACUGUAUUCUUCCAAGCAUUUAAAGAAUUAGCACCAAUUCUUUGCAAAAUUUCCCCAAAAACAGAGUAGGAGAGAACACUUCUCAGUUCAUCUUAUGAGGCCAGUAUUACCCUAAUGCAAAACCAGACAAAACAUCACAAGAAAGCUACAGAUCAAAUGAAUACAGACACAGAUACCAUCCAAAAAUACUAGCAAACUGAAUUUGGCAACGUAUAAAAACAAUUGCAUACCAUGACCAAGACUUAUUCCAUGAAUACAAGAUUGGCUGCUUAACAUCCAAAAAUCAGUGUAAUAUGCAAAUGGUUCUUGUUAUCCACAGUAGUUAUACUCUGUAAAGACACCAUGAAUGCUGAAUUAGUAAAUACAGAGCCAUUGCCCCUAGAGGUAAGGUGUGUGUUUGUGUGUGUUUGCACAUUUACAUGCCUCAAAGAGAUUAUAAAUCUUAAAUCCUAAAAGCAGUUUAUUCUGAUGGAUUCUGUUUUCUUUAUUUCACAAAAGAGAUAAAUGAGAUCUAGAAAUAUUAGGUGAUUUGCCUGAGGUCACUCCACUAACAAGUGCCAGAGUGGGAUUCAAGCCUGUGCAACUGGCCCCAGAGGCAGAGCUUCUUGCACUCCACUGCCUGCCCCUCUGCCAUCCCAUCUUCUCUUCUUCAUCUUGCAGGAGAGCUGAAACAAGAAGGCAAAGCAUUGCUGUAUUUGACAUCAGCUGAGAACAUGCACAUCGGAGAACUCAAAAUUUUCACUGGUCUGCCCAUGUCCACGAAUGAUCAAAAACAUGCUGUGUGUAUUGAUUUUAGAAUUACAAAUAAAUUGGCAAAUGCACAAACACAGA